AUCCUUUUUUGUUUAUGUUUGUGUUCAAAUUCUUACAGUAUUUUUAUGGAAUGGCAGUUAAAUUCUUCUCUGUAAUCUGAGAUCUUACUGGGUUUUUUUAGUUUUUACUGCAAAAGUUGUUCAAGAAAUACCAUAGAGAUUAUCCUUUUUAUAUAUCUGUUUGGGAAAUAGUUUAGUUUUUCUUGAAGUGAUGGCCUUGUGGAGUUUUGGGGGUUCAUAUGAGCUUUCACUUUUAGGUGGGUUUUUCAGAAUACAUUGUAAAAGGGAUCCCUUUUAUGGAAAUGGGAUCUACUUUUUACCCAUGAAGAAAGAGGUCAUAAUUUCAGUUAGUACGAAGAACUCGCUCUUGUUUCGAAUCUAAACAUCCCGUUUUCAUAUACCUCGGUGCAGAUUUUUUUCAAAUUUGAAGCAGAAAUGGAGGGGGAUCCCUUUGCGGGCAUUGGUAAUGGCACUCAUUUGGAUGGCAAAACCGUGCAGACGUUCCAGAAGAAUUUUGUUGAAGUCCAGGAUAUACUAGAUCAGAACAGGGUUCUAAUCAAUGAGAUUAAUCAGAACCAUGAAUCCAAAAUCCCAGACAAUUUGGGCAGAAACGUGGGUCUAAUAAGAGAGCUCAACGGCAACAUCAGAAGGGUUGUUGAUUUAUACUCUCAUCUUUCAAAUUCUUUCACAAAAUCCAUCGAUGUUUCAUCGGAAGGAGAUUCGAAUGGGGCACUGAAGUCAGAUUCAAAAGCUGGCCACAAGAGGGAUAGGUCUGGUUAAUUAGGAUCGAGAUAAGUGUUCUUCAUUCUUUUGUAUGGUGGAAACGGGAUCGUGCCCACAUUUUUAUUGACAAGUUAUGAAUAUGUUUAGAUUGUGUAAGUUGUAAUCGUGACUCAAAUUUUCUCAUAAGAAUUAUAGCUCCUAAUCUGUUAUUCCUGCUCUGUAUCUUUGUAUCUGUAUUCUAAUUGAAUCGAGUAUCUUUCUAUAAUCAGAUCUUCUGGCUUUAACUUUA